AUGAACACUGAUAAACUUCCUGAGACUGGUUUAAAUACGCUUAAUGAAAGUGUUAACAGCACAAAUAAAAGUAAUUUGUACAUGCCAACGUUGAGUAAGGAGGGAUCAGUUGAAAAUACAUCGGCGGUGGCAUCAAACGUCCCGCGUCUUAGUGCAAGAGAAGUGUCCCGUUCCUCAUGCCGCGGGCUUCUUUCAAGGAUGGGAUUAUUUAGUGCUCGUCGCCACAGUCAUAAGAAGAGUCGUCUGAAACCGGAUAAAAAUAAACGAGAACCCAACAACCUAAACUAUAAUUCAGAAUUCGAUUCGAGCUUAUGCGCUCAGCGAAUAGGUGGGAAUUCGCAAAUUUUAGACAAUUCUGAAACGUUUUUUUCACCGAGUGUGGAUCGGAGUUCCAAUCUUCUUGACUCAGUUCUCGUUUCUGAAGAAUUCGCUGAUAGCCCUGUAGCAUCUUCUUCGAGACAACGUAGUUGUCACCAAAAAACAAAUCAGGAACUUGAUAAAAAACAUUCUGAAGGGCUGGCGGGUUCAAACCCAGGAUCUGAUUCCACCCCUCUGGUCGACUUUAAGGGUAUCAGUUCCACAACAAGCCGUCGCCUGCGGCAUCCCACGGAUGAAAAAUUAGAUGCAAUGCGUUAUGAUAGUUAUCAUGCAAAGCAACAAAGCCGAAGUUUACCUGAAGGUAGUUCUUACUUUGCGACAGCACUCCAGCAUGGUUUUCGUCAGGUUGAUCCAAGCAAGUGUCUCAGCGGUAAUUCCUCCUUUUCUGUUUUUCACAUGCUACCGACCGAAGUCAGUCCUCGAAGUAGUGGGAAGGUCAAAGGGGCGCACACCCCGUUCACUCAGCAGGGGGCCACUUCCUCCACAACAGGGACCCCCGCCUGUCAGACGCUGCGAGACGCUAAAUCGGUACUUCGGAAGCAUGCUCCCGCAAGCUCCGCCUCUGCGGCGUCCGGAACGCAUAUGGCCAUCAAUUCCGUUGUCGGCUUGUCACUACACAGUUUUCACCCCACAAAUUCCUUUCACAGCCGAAGUAGCAGCAUUCGAAGCCGAAGGGCUUGUGUGCGACGUGGUGCUUUGGUUAGUGACGCGGAGGAUUCGAUUCAGGACAGAGACUUGUCAAUGGUCGGGGUUACAGCUGUGGCAUCGGUUCCCCCCAGUGUAGAGCCAUCCUAUCAUGGAUUUGUUAUGCCAAAGCCACAGCAUCCUACGCUUUCAGCACGCACACAUGAGGGUUUAGUCGACAGAAGUUUUAGAAGCUUUCCCAAAGGUCUACUUGACUCAGCAUGCACCCCGUUUAAUUAUACAGCUUUAGAUGUAGUUACAUCUCCUUCAGAGCAACAUGUGAAUACUAAUUACACCUGUGGUCAAGCAUUACAGUCCAUAGUUAUGGUACCAGGGUCUGACCCCAGUUUUGGUCAAGUUAGAUCACCGCGGUUGGUAUUUGACAUGCUAAACACUUCAAGUAUUACAAGCUUUAAUCCAGAGGAAACCAAUAAAGACAUAAGUGCAAGUGAACGUGGUUCAUCCUUAGGGUCUGCGACUGGGGUACCGUUGCGAGCUCGUAUUAUAGGACCCAAGUUGCUACAUCGCCUCAGCUCACGUUCUGUGCAAUCCAGCGAUAAUAGCAACACCAGCGAUUCUGAUCUGGAAGCAGAACACCAAAAGAAAGUGGAUGAGCUUCUCAAGCUUCUGACGGUGGACCAUAAGUCCUGUAGAUCAAAUUCGCUAGUACCAGAUGACCCUUUAUCAAAGACCAGCAUUGCCAACAUUUGUAAUAGCAGAGAUAUAACAAUAGGUGGUUUUGCACGUGUCGAUGGAAUGGCUUCUGCCUCUAAUAACACUAUGAAUUGCACCCCAGACUUGAUAACUGGGUGUACGGAAAUUGGUUUAGAUCCAACAUCGAACUCUAGUUCUGAAGAAAAAGCAACACCGAAUAACAGCGGGUGGAUGUGCGUUGGCAGCCUUUUCAGCAGUCAGGAUUGGUAUAUGCGCAUGCGAAGUAAAAAAGACGACAGCGAGACAGAGAAAUAUGUGGAUCUCACAAGCAGGGGAUCUGAUAAAGACAAGGAUCAUAAUACCAACACAUGCAGCUGCAGCGGUGGUUCUGAAAGUAUUGUAUUGCCGUCUGAGAGUGGAGGUACAAAUGUGAAGAGUGUGUUGAGUUCUCCUGGAAAAGUGCCUUUGGUGAAUAAAAGUGUCACAGAGAAACUGGAUAAGCGGCAACCGUAUCAGAAGACUUCAUAUACUCACGCUGCAGACCCAAUUGCUAUAAAGCGGGAUGGUUCUGAAGUCUUGACAAAUGCAGAGAGCUGCCAAUGGCGUGAAGGAAUCAGUCUUGAUUCUAAAUCCAACUAUGUAUGCUCUCCUAUAUUGAAUUGGCUAAAGGAGAAGCCCCAGGUUCAGAGUACCAUUCCUAUGAACUCAGAACAUGAAAAACCAACAGUUCUGCGAUCUGCAUCGGAUAGUUCUGUUCUCAUGGGCGACCUGAAGAUUUCCAGUGAAAAAAAUGGACAUCGAGAAAGGAAUAGUGUCACUCUUACUGAGGACAUACUAUCCAUUUCUCAUGAAGCCUCGAUUCUUCUGAAUCAUGAAUUUAAUAUGAGGGUCUCACCUACUAUUAGAGAAUCAAGUCUACCGUUGAGCCCGGUCUCACUGAAAUCAAAUAAUGUUUCUCAGACGCCUGUGGUCGCCCAUCUCUAUCAAUUCCAUCAAUCGUCUUCCGUACCAGCAUCAUUGUCCUUUACAUAUAACCGUCAAGGGAACAGCAAUCGUAAAAAACACUUUCCCGAUACCACGUGUGGUCACAGUAGUAUCACAAAAAAAAAUACUUCCAGCACUUCAAAUCGAGAAAAAACGAAUAAACAUUCCAACAAGCUCUUGGAGCGGGUACGCUUAGAACCUGUUAUAUUUUCAUCAAGAAAAAAUAAGCGAACAAAGAAAAAGGUGCGUGAACAUUCAACUGUGCUGCCCACUUCAAGUAACAUAUGCAUGGAUGCUGUAGGCAAACAUGACAAAAUGCUCUUACCGAAGAGUAACUGUAUCGACGAGAUGCCUUACAAUAUUCACACUACUACUGAUGUGUUCUUACCAGCGCUUCCUUAUGACCACCUUAAAAUGGACUAUGAUCCCACCUCCAGCGCGGGGUCUGUUAGAGAGACCGACCCACUCAUAUCCCACGAAUCAACGCUUUCGCAUGCGUCGUACCAAAGUGGCGAUAGUCGGGUAGCACAGGAUUUACUAACCAAGCGGAAUCAAGCCCGACGCAGGACCAUUCCACACUAUACAAAAACUACUAAGACGGACUUCCUCAUCGAUGAAGCUCUGAAGGUCGGCUCUGAUUCACAUGUCUCACCAUUGAAAAGGGAAAGUUCAGCAGCUCUACAAGGAGACCUCUUACACAUCACUUGGCCCAGGGUCCUCACCCCCACACUUAUUGUGACUCAACCUGUAACUAGCCCUAUCCUUGAUUCCUGUAGAAAAGCGUCGCUCCCUCAGGUGAAGUCUGCAAAAUUACAGCCUCUCAUCCCCAUCGAUAGGAGUCAUCGAUUGUCAUCUUCAAAAUCUAAGUUCGGAGGCAAUAGCAAACUCCGCACCGAGUCUCCCGGUGUAGUUUUACCGCAAUGGAAAUCGUUUGAUGCAGACAAGUCAUCCGAUACAAGUAAGUAG